AUGACGACAACAGUGUCCUUAACAACCAGGCCCCAGGAAUCAGUGGCUUUUGAGGAUAUGGCUGUGUACUUCACUGAAAAGGAAUGGGCCAGCUUGACUGCUUAGAGGGCCUUGUACCAGAGCGUGAUGCUGGAGAACUCUACGGUACCUCUUGCUCAGUUCCCCCGGGGUUACUCCUCGCCGAGACUGACCCGUGCAGCAUCGUCCGCUUCCAAACUAGCUCUGAUCUCUCAUCUUGAGCAAGGGCAAGAGUCGCGUUUCACCCAGCCCCAGGGACCCCUAAGCAGGAGGAACAGGAGAGCAGGUUCUACAGAUGCCAACCCCUGCAUAACCACUCUGCUGAGGGUGCUGUCGUCCGUACAUGGGGCUACUCUAAGGAAGGAGGCUGGAGCCCCACCCCGGCUCCCUCAGCACCAGCGUACUCCAGCCAUGGGACCCAAGGCUGCUCAGGCUCCAGGGAUCUGA